UGAUAUUGAAAAGCCGCUUUCCCGGCCCAUGAGAGUGCUCGUGACCCGCAGAUGCCCAACCAUUCCAGAGCCCUAGCCCAUCCGACUGCCACCAUUUUGCCCAUCUCCAAACUUCACCUCGCCGCCGCCGGAGACACCCGCCGCCAUGGGCGCCUACAGGUUCGUGUCGGGGCUAUGGAAGAGGAAACACCCGGACCUGACGAGGCUCGUGCAGCGGCCGGCGACCGUGCGCCGUCUCGGCUCCGAUGCCAAACAGCUUCACAAGCCUAUUGAGGAGACCAAGGAAGGUAUAUACCCAAGUAGGAUGCACUCCCAGAACCUGCCUGCCAAGAUACGCAUAGCGAUGAAAUCUUUCAAUAACCAAAAUCACAAUCUGAAGGGGCUUGAGCCUUACACGCACAAGAUUGGGUUGCCUGAAUCACGGGCCUUAUACACCGUGUUACGAUCACCUCAUAUUGAUAAGAAAUCCAGGGAGCAAUUCUCAACGCACGUGAAGAAAGUAUUUGUGGUUAAAAAGGCAGAGACACAUGAGCUGGCCAAGAAGUUCUUUUGGUUAAAACGGCUUCGUGUAUUGGGGGCUCAGUAUGAAGUCAAUAUUAGUUUCAAGACCCGCUUGGAUAAAAUGAUUGGCUGCAGCAAAGGUGGUGGCCUGCUUAGACAGUAAUUACAGGCCAAAACAGAAGGCAGACAUAGGAGAAAGGAGGUACAAGAGCUGCUUCCGGUGAUCUGAGCCUGAGGUUACAAACUAUCCAACUUAUGUGGUUCUUAAUUUCCGAUCCUGGUUAUAUCUAUCGCGGGUGGAACCAUGUAUGUAUUUUGGAGAUGAUGCCGAUAAUAAUAUGUGAAUUCAAGACACCAUUGGUUCUUGCAUGAUCUGAUUAUAAUAACAUCCUACUAUUGUCUUAA